GAGCAGGUUCGGGGCCCGCGGCCGCGCCUUCCUGCAGGCUCCGGCGGCGCUGGACACCCGAGUCGCGGCCCGAGUGCGGCGGGGCCGCUCCGAGCUCCGAGCUCGCCGAGCGGCGCGUGGGACCCGCUGCCCCUGAGUGCCCGGAAGCGGGAGGGAGGGAGCCCGGGGACCGGCCUCCCCGCAGGGCUCCCCGCGGUCGCGGACCCUAACGUUCAUGCGACCGCGGCUCGCCGGGCCAGCCCUGUGCCCUCAGCCGGCGGCCGUGGUGCCCCCCGACCCCAGAAGCAGUAACCGCAGUGCGCGCGAAGCCGCCGUCGGGGGAGCACAGGGCCCGGACACGGCUCGGCCCCUGCCCCUCGGGGAGGCGGGCGUCGGGCCCCCCCGCCCCCCAGCCCCGUGGUCCGCUGCUGGCCGGCGCCCCCCAUCGCGAGGCUGAGGCGCUGUGCGCCCCGGGCUUGUCUCCCUGCCCCUCCCAGCCUGGAUCCCAGCCUCGCGGCUCUCCAGGCGCGGCCCGGGCGGCCUCAGCUAGAGCCUUCCCGCCGGCCGUCCCAGCUCACACCGGAUGCCCACCCCGCCUGCCGCUGCGGGUCACUCCUGGGCUUCCCCGGCUUUGGGGGAGGACACACACUUUCUCCAGAAUUUGGAACAACAGGCUGGGUGUUUGGUCCGGGUGUUCUGCUGACCCGGAGGUGGUUCUGGGUGGUGCCUCCCUGGGUCUCCCCUUCCCCCAGGCCUCGGGACUCCUGAAGCUCGUCUCCCUGCCCACCGGGAGGGCGCCCGCAGCUCCUCUGACAACGUACUGCUGCUUCUGCAGCCGGGACUCUUGCUUGUUUCUGUCCUUAGAAAUCCAACGUCACACCUUCCCCACACUCGGGCGCCUCUUGGAGCUGGUCGCAGUCCCCAUCGCCUCUCCCUGUGGGUAACCGGCCCCGGGGCCCUGGGUUCAGGCACCUCUUUCCGUCGGAGGCUCAACCAUCCUUCUCCAGUUUGCGGUCCUGGCGGCCACGGGGGGUGGGGGGGGGCUCUGCGGGGUCCUCCCCAGUGUCCGCCAUGUUAAUUUCAGCCCUGGCCUGGAGCGCUGCCGCAGGCCGGGGUGGGCCCCCGAGCGGGGAGCGCCUUCCUGCGGCCACGGUCAUGAUCACAGGGUGAGGUCACACCUGGGCGUCAGGCUCCGUGGCCAUCCCUGACCGUUUCAUCAGUUGUGGGUGCCAGACCUGUUUCCCUGGGUGGCCUGCACAUGGGACAGUGUGAGUGACGUGGUUCUUGGAGCUCUAAAAUCAACGUGGUGAUGCCUAUGUCCGUCACACCCUAAGCACUGCCAGGGCCAGUGACCUUCCCCUCGGCGGAGGCCUUGCUAGUAGACGUCGACACUGGGUUCAGCCUGCAUGGCUGCGGGCCUUGGCCUUCCUGCACGCCCUGCUGCACUCUCAGCCUCACUGCUCUGGGGUCCCGGGCUGAGUGGGGCCGCCCGCAGGGGAGGGGGCGGGCUUCUGCCCUGCGGCAUUUAGGGCUUGGGCCAGGGGACGGGCGGGACAGUUUCCACUGUCCUCUGCCGAAACGGCUUGGUGGUUGUGGAGCUUCCGACUUGCAAGCAUCCUACAAGAUUCAACAUUCACUUUCCCGGUUCUUUCCAGAUCCUCCAUGGAGACACACUUGGGGGAGAUGAACCUGGAGAACGCAGAAGACACUUCACUCCCGCAAGCGUAGCGCGCGUGAUCUCCACCUGCCUGCGCCCUCCUCUGCGAAGAGUGACGGGGAGCCCGCCUCACGGAGGACCGCGCACCCAGGCCACCCUCACUCCACUGUGCUCGGUUUCCGGGCACUUUGCGGUGACAGCGAGCGCAUUGGAAUUCGUGUCCCUGGGAAGUUACACAACUUUGUGGUCAAGCUCUUGAGAUGGAUUUGGAUCAACUGGACCUGAACCCCAGAAUCAUCGCCGCGGUCAAGAAAGCCAAACUGAAGUCGGCAAAGGAGGUUUUGCAUUAUUCCGGACCAGACUUGCAGAGACUGACCAGCCUGUCCAGCCUCGACGUGCAGCAGCUGCUGAGAACGGCCUCCUCACGCCUGCGCGGCCGCGGCGUCUCCACAGCGCUGCAUCUGUACCAGCAGACCCAGAGCUGCCCUGCACAGUCCCAGCGCCUGAGCCUGGGCUGCCCCGUGCUCGACGGGCUUCUCCGCGGCGGCCUGCCCUCGGACGGCCUCACCGAGCUGGCCGGCCCCAGCUCCGCCGGGAAGACCCAGCUGGCCCUGCAGCUCUGCCUGACCGUGCAGUUCCCGCGGCGGCACGGGGGCCUGGAGUCCGGGGCCGUGUACAUCUGCACAGAGGACGUCUUCCCCGACCCGCGUCUGCAGCAGCUCAUUGCUCAGCAGCGGCGCCUGCGGACGGACGUCCCGGGAGACGUGGUCGACAGGAUGAAAUUUGGCGACCAGAUCUUCAUCGAGCAUGUGGCCGACGUGGACGCCCUGCUGGAGUGUGUGAGGAAGAAGGUGCCUGUGCUGCUGUCUCGGGGGAUGGCCCGUUUGGUGGUCAUCGACUCCGUGGCAGCCCCGUUCCGCUGUGAGUUUGACAGCGCGGCCUCGGUCCCCAGGGCUAGGCAUCUGCAGGCGCUGGGCGGGGCCCUGCGCUGGCUAAGCUGCACCUUCCGGAGCCCGGUGCUCUGCAUCAACCAGGUGACAGAAGCCACAGAGGAGCAGGGCGCGGCCCCCGGGCCACAGAGCCCCUGGGACGAGCGCGUCUCCCCGGCUCUCGGAAUGACCUGGUCCCACCAGCUCCUGAUGCGGCUGAUGGCAAGCCGGCAUCGGCCGGAGGAGGGGGGCGGCGCCGCGCCGGGCCGCCCGGACCGUACCCUGAGGGUGAUCUUCGCCCCCCACCUGCCCCCCUCAUCCUGCUCCUACACAGUCAACGCAGAGGGAGUGCGAGGGACUCCGGGGACCGAGUCCUGCUGACACGGCGCCCAUGGAGUGCGUGGCCAGAUCAGUGGCGGGUGCUGGCCAAGCCCUCCCUGCUUUGCAGGCACAAGGGCCUGACGGGAACUCGGCACACCCGUUGCUGGGUCACCGGGUCUGGGUGGGCGACCCCCACCACGGCAGGGAGGCAGUGCACACGGAGGAGCCACCGGCGAGGCCCCCCCACGGUGGGCCCUGGACCCCUUCGCCACAGCUCGCUCUCCACCAGGCUCUGGCCUAGGUAGUAAGACCUCCCCACCGCCCCUGGGGUGGUCUUGGGGUCACUGAGGCACAGAACAGUCAAGUGACUUGGCCAUCAUCCGCCUGGGCUAGUGCGGGAAGACAGGCGCGUGCCUGACCCAUUACUGGAGGUGGAGGCAGAAGUCCCUGGAACUGGGCAGACUCUGUUUGGACAUUUUCUAGAGCAGAAACAUUCAUUUGUAUUUUCUAUCCCAUUUUUUUAAAAUAGUCUGUGGCCCUCAAAAGGUCAGGAAUGACUGGUGUAAAUAGGAGAAAGGCCUUUUAGGGUUGCAGUUUUAUAAAAGAGCCUUUGUACAAGUGCAGGAACUUCAUAACAGGAAAUAAACCAUUUUAUUUUUGUAAUUAAAUAGAAACAAUCCCAAAUCAUUUUCUAAGCAAAUCACACAAACAGAAAACUACGAUCGAAGACUGUAGGUACACGUGCCAGACGGGCCUCCCCCUGGGGGCGCACACCACACGCGCUCGUCAGUACUGGGGCCCCUGCCCACCCAUCCCAGAGGGACGCCCCGGCAGCAGCGCGUCUCUCCGCGACACAGACGGGCCGGGCCCUGCACCGUCCCCUCCGUCCCAGGCUCUCCUCAAGCUCAUCGCACAGGCCUCGCAGACCUGGGGUCCCUCCAUAAACGUGGAACAGUGCACGUCCUUCUGCCUGCCCCAGGCACACGCAGGAUGCCGGUACGCACUGACGAGCCUCCCUCGGCUGACCGGAAGCUCCCCCUUGGUCGCUGCUUCACCGCACUCGAGUUUUCGGGAGUCUGAGGACUACACGGUGCGGUGGUCAGGAGGAAGGGCAGACGGAGACAUCUCAGAACCCAGCCUCAUCUACGCAACGUGCCUCCAGAAACACCUAUAAAGUUACAGUGAUGGACGCAUAUUCUGGAAACCGUAAAGGAUGGUAUUGGUAGGUCACCACAAACGCUGAAUUUCUCUUACAUGAUAUUCUAGCAGCUUUCGGAACAAACAAAUGACAGGAAUUUUUUAAUAACAGGAAAUAACAGACUCCCUACGAUGUUGUAGACACGACAGGAGCGCCACAAGCUGCCAGGGCGGCUGCCGUGGGGAAGUCGGGAAGGUCAGGAGACCCAGGCCUCCCACCGCCUCCCCAGCUCUGACAUGCCGGGGAGGGGCCCUGCAGACGGUGGCCGGCUCCUGUCUGUCCUCUGGCCAGGGGCCCGAACUGCACAGGAAGCACGUAGAGUGGGUGCUGGCUGGCACUCUAAGGGUCCCCUCACUGGGAAAGGAACAUGUUGUGGAAGAGAGACAGCCACCCCCACUGCUGCUCUCUUCAAGAAUGUUCGAAUCCACGAAGUAGGGAUGCCCAGGCUCAUUCUGUUUUGGUACAAGUUCAGAAAGCAGACGACAACCCCAGAGACAUGGAAGUUUCGAUGACGUGUGUUUUGGGAGGCCGGCUGGCUUCUCUCACCCUGGCUACGUUUCCUCACAGCCCCACAAGGCAAUGUCGGCCCUCAGAGAACCAAGGGCCGAGGGCUCCCAGGCGGGGAGGGUUCAACAAAGGCCCCCCUGCUGCGAGCAGGACAUUAAAUCCUGUUCUCGGCCCCAUGUUCUCCAGACACAUGUGUUGCUAAGGGAAACAGGUUAAGCUUCCAAUGCACCAGAUCAGUUUCAUGGCCUGAGAAGAGCCCUUCGGACAGAGGGGACAGGACAGCUCCCAGGGCCCUCCCCACUGAUCACAUCAUGCCCCAGCAGCCCCUGAGCCUCGAAGGGACACGAGGACACGGCACUGCUGUUCUCUUGGCUUGAGCAUCUCACAACCCAUCCCUCGUGCAAACCAACCCUGGAGAGCACUCCCGGCCCACCAGAAGCUGCAACACCGGAGAGUCGGGCGCUGUGGAAAGGGGGCGGCCGUGGAAGCCCCCCAGCCAGACCCAUGGGCACCUGUAGGCAGAACAGAGCACCGAUCUCUGGGCAGGAACAGGCACACGGCCACACCAUACUGACGAGCAAGGCCACGUGCUCCUGUGGUCUUAAAUGAUGGGACCCUCUGCAAGUUCCCAGCCCGCAGCCCCCAAGGGACACGUGUAGUACCGGGGGACCCCCAGGAAGACCCCUCACACGUACCCAGGCAGAGUGCGAUUCAGGAGGAGGUGGUGCCUGGGGACAGGCAAAAGCACGUGUCCUGGCAGUAACCCCACAUAACAUUAAAGUCACAAGCUGCAGCUUGUCACCGGGAAGCACCACGUCUCCCAGACCCCCUCCCCUGCAGGCUGCAUCUCCCCACUCCCGCCCGUCCCCCUGCUCACCGCUGCUGCCCUCUGGAGUCACAAACCCUGUCAUCUGCUCAGAAUGUUCUGAACCUACGAGGCAGCC